AUGCGCGCCGCGAGAUUCUACGCAGGCCGUGAUGUGCGGAUUGAGGAGGUAAAACCCCCGGUGCCUAGCGAGGACAAGGUCCUCAUUUCCGUAGAGUGGUGCGGGAUCUGCGGGAGCGACCUGAACGAGUAUAUCCGGGGGCCAAUGGCCAUACCGAGCGAAAAGACAGGUCCGCAUCCGCUGACGGGCGAUGUCCUCCCUGUGACCAUGGGCCAUGAAUUCACCGGCCGGGUUGUACAUGCACCCGCUUCAUCGUCUCUGAGACCAGGACAGGGGGUGGUGGUGGACCCGCGCUAUUUCUGCGCGUCGUGCAUACCGUGCUCCAAGCUGUCCACAAACUGUUGUGAUACUAUCGGGUUCAUGGGUAUCUCUGGGGGCGGCGGAGGGCUAUCCGAGAUGGUAGCCGUGGCACCAGAAAAGGUGUAUCCGCUCCCGGACGAUGCGGACCUGGCGGCUGCAGCAUUGAUUGAGCCGCUCACGGUUGCUUGGCAUAGCCUAAGGCUGUCAGGGAUUGAUGAUUUCAAGGACACGCCAGUGCUGGUUGUUGGUGCCGGGCCUGUUGGUGUUGCCGUGGUGUUUGCGUUGAGGGCUCGGGGUGCAAAUGCAAUCUUUGUGUCUGAGCCGUCUCAGAAGCGCCGGGAGUUCCUGGCUGAUAUUACACAUGCUGUAUUCGAUCCCACGGAGACGGAUCUUGGGAAGAAAUGCAGGGAGUUGACUGAACUGAGGGUAGGAUUCCAAACCGGACUGGAUGCGCUGAGAUUCCAGGGCCAGCAUAUCAACCUUGCUGUGCCGAAGACUCCGCUCACGCUUCCGUGGUACUUGGUCAUGCGAAGGGAGGCUGUACUCAAGUCAUCUUUGGCGUACGAUGAGACGGAUUUCAAAGAGGUAGUUGAAGCCUAUGUCGAAGGUCGAUUCCAAGGUGUUGAGCGGAUGAUCACCAGAAGAAUCCCUCUUGAGGAGGUCGUUGCGAAAGGAUUCGAGGAGUUGUGCAAGCCAAAUGAUCAGAUCAAGAUUCUGGCAACCCCUACGACAAGAUGA